AUGUUUGGAUCGCUGUCAACAAAGAUUGCCCACUCAACAAUAACCCCUGCUCUGGGUAAUCAAGAUCUACGGCCGCUCCAAGAUGCGAUCACAAAGGAAAAGGAAAUCGUCACGUCCCUCCAACGCGUAUCAAAGGACUGGACAACCGCCGCGGAGGCGAUGAAGCAAUGGGGUGCUGGUGAAGGCGAAGAUCUCGGCGAUAUUACUAACGCAUCCUUGCUAUUAUCGACGCAUAUUGCCGCUGCGUUUAAUACCUUUGCGGACCAUGAGCUCGCCAUUCGAGCUCAGCUCAAGGAUAAUAAGGGCCUUUCACUCGCCAAUGAACAGCUCGUUUCCCUUCAGAAUGAACUCCGACAUCUUGAUACUUCGAUUCUCGUCGAUAUGUCACGCCUUUCCGACUACAAGCGACGAAUACUACGAUCUAUUCUGACCCUCAAAUAUGGGGGUCUCGUAGAAUUAUCCGAGAAGCUGACCAUAAUUGGCGAUCUGGGAAAACUUGUAGCAGCAGAAGUUCCACAAGACCUCACACAGCCUGGACAAAGUCGCGCGCCAUACAUGUCUCGAGAGACUGUCUCUAGCUUGGUUGGGGAGGCCUCCCGCUGCGUUGCAGAGAUCAAGUUCAACCCUAAUCCAGACACGGAGCAAACAUCUAAACCCAAUAAUGUGGGUGCAAUGCAUCAGGCUACGCCUUAUCCGUCUUCCUCUGGUGCUCCAGGCAGACAUCAGACUCAAGCUUCUGUUGCGUCAGGUGCUGGUACCAUGCCUCCAAACCGAGAAGUUACAGGACCUGCCGACGAGUUUGGACGCCCGAUCGAGGGCCUGCCGUUCCAGUCGCAGACCAUGCCAGCUAUCGGAGGAUCAGGGCCUAUUCAGCAUCUCCCUCUCUCUAUAAUCCAGGAGACAAUGCGAACACCGCAAAGUCCGCCUCGCCAAGGCACUGGAUUGGCACAGUAUGGUCAACCAGGGCCUGGACCGUCGAGUUCCGCAUUCCGUGCACCAGGUCCACCCCCAUCUCUUUCGAACCAACAUCGGCAACAGCCUUCUCAGGGACCCCAAGGUUCCGUUUUCUUGGGUCAACCGGGAGGCGCAACUGUUGAACGCGGUCUCACCCUUUCACUGCCAAUUCGCUCCCCUGCUCCUCAAGAUGCCUCAGGAGAAAAGGACUCUCCUUUUGUUCCUCCAACAGCCGGUCCGCCAUCCUCGUUCAAGCCUCCCGCGCCAACCGUUGCUCGACAAGGCACGACGGAUAGCGAUAUAGUUCUCGGGGAGUCGUCUGAUUUGCAGCGUACCUCUACUCUGCCUCCAAAGGUCGGCCUUGGUGAGUUCCCUGCGUGGAGCCUCGGGCUUGGGGACUUUGAUGGAAGCCCAACGAAAGAAAGUGCUGGUGCAUCUCUCGCAGCCCCUCCAGCUGAUCAAAAGAAAGAGCUACCACCUUCUCCAGCGCCAGGUUCCCCAUCAGCCUCGACCACGAACCUUACAUCGACGGACGACCCAAAGGUGGUGCCUCCUCUCUCCGCUGUACCCAGGGUCCUUCAAGGUGGUACAGACAGCGCAAACCAAACACCUCUUACUCAGACACCCACAACAUACUCGAAUGCGCAAACACCCACUGUCGGUAAUUCUGAAGCGCCAGUCAUCCACCAUCACUUGGUUGAUGAUCCUCACACGCGCUCGCAGAGUAACAGUGGUCGCUUCGCCAUGUUCCCAGAUCGUCGUAGGCCCACUGGCGCUGGAACAGAAAGCAGUGCUACAGCAGCCGAUGAAGGAUUGUUGCCACCGCAUGCCAAGUACGGUUCUCAUCCUGGCGUAGAUAGGACACCAUCCCCUUACCCUUCAGCUGAACUAAUGGCCGACGUGUCCCCUGUACCGACGCCUGGCGACGAGAAGUCGAUCGAGGCGCUUCCUUUGAACGUGGGCCGAACCGUGUCAUCAUCGUCUACCGACACACCCCUCGCAGAGGAUGCACCUCGGUCGAUUCUUAUUGGUGGGCCGCAGUCUCGAUCAGCAUCGCAAGCUGUAGAUGCUGGCCCACCAAAGAUACAUUUUGCUCCUCGCCCAAUAUCACCCAUAACUCCGAGCCCUGUCACACAGACUCAUGGACUUUGGGCGAGCAAAGAUAGCCUUGCCAAUUCCAUAAGUCCUGCUGCGACGAGUGGAAGCCAUUCCACAGCACCGACAGGGUAUAUUGAAGCCGGUGAGAUCGCAAGCCAGAACAGAUCUAGAGACAAUCGCGCCAGCGUCAUUACACCCUUGGAGGUUCACAAGAAAUUAGACGGAACGUCGCAGCCAACGACCCCCAGCCAUGGUGCUUCCUUCACCAGAGAGCCCACAAUGACCGACGAACAGUUUAACGCUAUGCUCGACUCGUUCUCAGCGCAGCUCGGUUCACCAAACUCAUCUUCGAACCCGCCUUCUGGAGUUGAAUCCGGUGCCGACUCGAGCUUCAACUCGGCCCAGAAUCCAAACCCCCAGAAUGUCACAACGAGCACAUUCAAUCAGCAAAGUGGUCCGGAUUCGAGCUUGGAGACCACAGCUGCUGUUGCUGGAUCACCGUUCCCAUCUCCUACGCCAUCAACGGCUCGACCAGCUCAAUCUUUCGCUCUCACAGAUCCAAGGACUCAGCAGCUUCGUGGUAGCAACUCCGGAAGCAAUCUUGCCGGAAUGGGCAGUGCCGCGUACAGCCGUACAAAUCCCUCUUCCGCUAGAUCGCAACGCCGAAUGGAUACGGAGAGUGACGACGAGGAAUCGACGUCUGGUAAGACGAUUGCCGCUGGCGCGUUCAAGCGCAGUGCGCACAAUAGCCCCCAGCGCAUUCCUGCAAGGCAGACAGAGGGACCUUCUCCCUUGGGUAGCCCGGCACUAGGAUCUACGAGGCUUGGAAACUCUCCAUACCACUCUCCUGUCGGCUCAAUCUCGUCGGCCUCUCGUCCUCUUCCUUCAGCUGAUGGCAGUCACGGUGGUCGCAUGCAAAUGAGCGAUGCUCAAGAAUCACCAUCUUUGUACCAAACACCUCAGUCUACGCCUCAGUUUGACAAUGGGCUUCCUCCGGGUGCUGCUCCGUCCAGGUUCAAUCCCAAUCCGAGUACGUAUCAGCCGCCCACGUCGCCAUAUCAAUCGCAACAAGUAUACCAGCAAGAUCAAGGUCCAAGGUGGUCGAAUCAGGUGCCGCAAGCGGUCCAUGAGCAACCCGCACGAACUAUGAGUCCUGCAAGCGAGAGGAUUCCCAGUUCUUUGUUGCCUGGUAGGCCCGGUUCAGCUGCACCUUUGGCGCCGAUUGGGCACGUACAUAGCCCCACCGCUGGUCAACCACCCUCAACUCGAGGCGGAUACAAUUCGCCACCUUGGCAGCAGCAGCAGCAUUCUCAGGGGCCACCGUCGCAACUCCCUUAUCAGCACGGGCCUUAUCCUGGUCAACAGCAGGCGCAGAUAUACAACCCAGAACCUUAUGUUAUGGAAGAGUCGGACGGACUCAGUGCAUACGAUGGAAUUGAUGACGGGCCAUAUGCUGGAGCGCGGUUGAUGGGUCGAGGACACAACGCUGGGUACGGAAACGGACGUUAUGGACAGUAA